ACUUUACCUAGCAACUACACCCAUGUCCCGAUUCCAUGUAAUGCGCCAGAUGCGAUUUCCGAGCUGCUACCAAGUAAUGGCUGACAGACAUAUUCGAGCGCACAUAAAAACGGAUUGAAACGCCCGUCAGCCAGAAGCAUUAGCUGCAUUGGCGACAUGCCCCGCCGACCUGCUGCUCAAACCACCAAAGAUGACCUAGAUGAUGAAUGGGAGUGGAUAUACCGCUCCGUUCCAAGUCAGUCGAGCCGGUCGCGCCAUGAAAACGCCCAGCAUAUCGUUGGCGCUCGCAAUGGCGAAUUCGAGUGUCAAGUGGGCGACUGUGUCCUACUAAAGACCGAGGGCGCUAAUCAAGCCUGGGUUGCCAUCAUCACGGACUUUGUAGAAGCUGACGAGGAUGGGGACAUGGCCGCCGACUUUCUAUGGUUUUCCCCCGAGAAUGAGAUUCGCAAUGGUCCGCGCAAGCGCACUGACUUCCUUCCUAACGAGUUGUAUAUUACCACCUCCUCCGAUAUAAACCCUCUUGCUUCCAUAAAUGGCAAAGCGAAUGUCAUGUCUGCCGCGGCAUUUUCACGCGAAUUCCCUACUGGAAAGAUACCCCGCUCAUCGCCCUUUUUCAAUAAAACCUUCAUUUGUCGCCGAGGCUGCAACGCUAGGACAACCACAUACACUUCCGAGUUUAUUUGGGAGAAUAUCUUUUCUGGCAGCUCCGACGAUAUCACCAAGCUCAGGAGGCUGGUUGAAAGUGGUACGAAGUCCACUAGGAAACAACCCAAAUUACAGGCUUUGGUAGACGAUGCUGCGGCGGAUUAUUCUCCUCGGAAAAGGGGACUCUAUGAUGUGCCGGAAGAUGAGGAGACAGAUCAUGAUGAUGGGUAUCUGUCUUCAGAACAUGAAGCUAAGGCCAACCCGAGAACUCCACGAAAGAAACAAAAGACAUCUCGAGUUGCUACACCCUCAAGUCGAAAUCGGAUAGUGGUAAAGAAAGCGCUGGAAUUUACGCCGCUUGCUACUCGUAUUCUGUCACCUAGUCACAAUCAGUCAUCACCGUUCCAGAUCGCUAGAGCUCAGCUACAUGUGGCCUCUGUUCCCACCACACUUCCAUGUAGAGAAACAGAGUUUGCCAUUGUAUACUCGCACCUCGAAGCUGCCAUUACGGAUGGCUCAGGGGCAUGCAUAUAUAUCUCUGGUACACCUGGCACUGGCAAGACGGCUACUGUUCGCGAGGUCGUUUCCCGACUGGAUGACGCUGUCCGGGCUGACGAACUGGAUGAUUUCAUCUUUGUCGAGAUCAAUGGUAUGAAGAUCACGGACCCUCAUCAAUCGUAUUGCCUUCUUUGGGAAGCCCUUCGCGGACAAAGAGUAAGUCCAAGCCAGGCAUUAGAUCUGCUAGAGCGAGAGUUCAAUAACCCUAGUCCGCGCCGUGUUCCUUGUGUGGUAUUAAUGGACGAGCUGGACCAACUUGUCACCAAAAAUCAGAGUGUCAUGUAUAAUUUCUUCAAUUGGCCUGGCCUGCGACAUUCACGACUAAUUGUGCUGGCUGUGGCAAAUACGAUGGAUUUACCCGAAAGAACACUGAGUAACAAGAUCAGCAGCCGCUUGGGCUUAACACGUAUUACGUUUCCUGGCUACAACCACGAGCAGCUAAUGAAGAUUAUACAAUCGAGACUUGAGGGUGUACCAGGCAACAUCGUGGAGCCAGACGCCGUACAAUUUGCGAGUCGCAAAGUAGCCGCCGUGAGUGGUGACGCACGGCGCGCUCUCGAUAUCUGCCGACGAGCCGUAGAAUUGGCCGAGGCAGAGUUCAAAGGCCCCGGCGGCGAUCCCGCCACACCCAGUAAAAGAGGCAGGGGAAAGACUGCAGAGUCAGGGAAGGGGAAAAGCUCUCUUGGCAGAGUCACGAUUGCGACGGUCAGGAGGGCCAUCAACGAAGCAACAACGAGCCCAUUACAGCAAUAUCUGCGGGGACUCCCGUUCGCUUUCAAAUUGACACUUGCGUCUCUCGUAGUACGUAACGAAAGAACGGGCCUGACGGACUCGACCUACGGCGACGUACUAGAGGAGGCGAAACGCGCCUUGAUCCUGGAUGCCGCGAGCCGGCGGGUCAGCUUGCUGACAAGAGGCAACGCCAACGACUCUCGCUGGGCCGGAGACGCGCGGAGCAAGACUUCGAAGAACGUCCGGACAGCGGGCGUCCAGGCCGCUGCGGUAGGCUUGGCUGGUGCGGGCAUCGUGAUUCUAGAGGGACAACGUGCUGAGAGACCGAGCAAAAUGAGACUUGCGGUCGGCGACGAAGAGGUCAAACUUGCGCUUCGUGAUGAUCCUGAGAUCAAGGCGCUGGGUAUAGCAUUCUAGAUGGGGAAUAACCCAAAGUAAUAGAACGAAUUAUGAAUGAUGUAUAUCGAAUUUUCUGCUGUGAGAUAUCU